ACGUCUCCCCGUUUUCUCCGGGCAUUUCCGUAACAAUCACUUCUCUCUGUUUCUCUCCUUCUUACUCAUUGGCCGACAUUUCCCUUUCUUCUUCGUCUUCUUCUUCGAUUUCCAACAAGAUGAAGGACUCUGAAGGAAAUCCUCUGCAUCUCAAGUCGCUAAAUCACAUAUCGCUUCUUUGUAGAUCAGUGGAAGAGUCGAUUGAUUUUUACCAGAAUGUUCUAGGGUUUUUCCCGAUUCGUAGACCUGGAUCCUUCGAUUUCGAUGGAGCUUGGCUGUUUGGCUACGGCAUUGGAAUCCAUCUCUUGCAAUCGGAAGAACCAGAGAGUUUGCCGAAAAAGAGCGAGAUUAAUCCCAAGGAUAAUCACAUAUCAUUUCAGUGCGAGAGCAUGGGAGCGGUGGAGAAGAUGCUGAAGGAGAUGGGGAUUGAUUACGUGCGGGCGGUAGUAGAGGAAGGAGGAAUACACGUUGAUCAGUUGUUUUUCCACGAUCCUGAUGGGUUCAUGAUCGAGAUAUGCAACUGCGAUAAUCUCCCCGUUAUACCACUGAGUGGUGAGGUGUCACGAUCCUGUUCGCAGUUGAAUUGUCAGAUAAUACAGCAGCAGCAGCAGAUUCACCAGCUGGUUUAGUACUACUUACUGAAGAAGAUGAACAGGAAGAACCCAUGAAAAUAAAUAAUUAAAAAAAUAAUAA